AUGGACUUCAUCAAGAACGCUGUCUCCAAGGCCUCCGGCGAUCACGAGGAUAAGGCUCAGAACAAGCCCCAGCAGGACAAGCCCCAGCAGACCGACGACUACCUUGACAAGGCUUUCGCUGCCGGCGUUAAGAAGGCCGGUUACAACCUCGACCGUGAUACUCAGGAGAAGAUUACCGACGGUGCCCGUGAGGCCUACGAGAAGUUCACUGGCAAGCACAUCAGCGAGAAGUUCUCUAACUAG